AAAAAUGGAAAAUUAGAAACAAGGGAAGUAAGAACAGAAACAGGAACAGGAUUGAAAUGCGUUUAGAGUUGAGUUUAGCUGGAAUGGGUGGUUCACGUGUGCACAUAAACAACACCGAUAACUUCCAAAAUUCGCGACUUCCAUCCAUGUGAACCCCAUUUCGGCAGUUUAAUAUUUUAAAAAGGAAAGGAAAAAAAAGCUUUUUAAUAUAAAAAAAAACUUGGAAAAGAUUAUCUUCUUUUCAAUCAAUGGCUUAUUAUCUAUGUUUUAUCUCUAAUUUCAAAAGUAAAAAAGAUACCCAGAUCCUCCAUUGAUGCUCUGCAAAUUUCCCUACUUCAAGCAAAGGUAUUCUAGUAUUUGGCCUGUAGUUGAUUUUAAUUGAUUUUUCGGAGGAAAGAAGCAGCAUUCUGUUUGGUUAAUGGGGGGUAGUAGUUCCAAGGAGGGAAGUUGGAGGCAGGGUUCUUCCUAUCAUUCAAAUCCACCUUCAUGGGAUUCUCAUCAGGGGUAUCCUCAGACAUCAUAUGGUCAAGAAAACCAUAGUUAUCCGCCUCAGUAUAGCUAUGCAGAGCCGCAGUAUUAUCCGUAUUCACAACCAGAGCCACAGCAGCAUUAUCCACCUCCGCAACCAGAGCCACAGUAUCAUCCAUCUCCCCAAGACCGUGUCGGCGACAAAAAGAAGCUACAAAGGAAGUAUUCGAAAAUUGCAGACAAUUACAACUCCUUAGAUCAGGUAACGGAAGCACUUGCUAAUGCUGGUCUUGAAUCUUCUAAUCUCAUUGUCGGUAUCGAUUUCACAAAGAGCAACGAGUGGACAGGUAAAAGAUCAUUCAACAGAAGAAGUUUGCACCACAUUGGAGAUGGUUCAAAUCCCUAUGAACAAGCCAUAUCAAUUAUUGGGAAGACGUUAGCUGCCUUUGACGAGGACAACUUAAUUCCUUGCUUCGGAUUUGGUGAUGCAUCAACACAUGAUCAAGAUGUCUUCAGUUUCUACCCAGACGAAAGAUUUUGUAAUGGAUUUGAGGAAGUCUUGAGCCGCUAUAGAGAACUUGUGCCUCAUCUACGACUUGCAGGCCCUACAUCAUUUGCUCCAAUCAUUGAAAUGGCUAUGACCAUUGUUGAGCAAAGUGGUGGACAGUAUCAUGUGUUAGUGAUAAUCGCUGAUGGGCAGGUAACUCGAAGCAUUGAUACUCUGCGUGGCCAGCUAAGUCCACAAGAGCAGAAGACUGUUGAUGCCAUAGUGCAAGCAAGCAAGCUUCCUUUGUCGAUUAUAUUGGUUGGUGUUGGAGACGGACCUUGGGACAUGAUGAAGGAGUUUGAUGAUAACAUUCCUGCUCGUGCGUUCGAUAAUUUUCAGUUUGUGAAUUUCACAGAUAUUAUGUCAAAGAAUAUAGCUCCUUCACGGAAGGAGACGGAAUUUGCUUUAGCCGCUUUAAUGGAGAUUCCUUCACAGUACAAAGCAACCAUUGAGCUUAAUAUUCUGGGUGGUCGAAAGGGAAAUAUUCCUGAGAGAGUUCCAUUACCUCCUCCUAGAUACGGUGCAUCAUCUUUCAACAGCUUGAAAGCUUCCCAUUCUACCAGUUUUAAAUAUGGUUCAGCAUCUUUCAGCAGCGCAAAACCUUCUCAUCCUACCAGUUUCAAACCAAGCGUCCCUCCAUAUCCCGCAGAUACUACUCCUGUCAGCUCAGCUUCGCCAGCUCCAAGUUCUACAUACGAUAGCCAGCUUUGUCCUAUUUGCCUUAGUAACUCAAGAGACAUGGCAUUUGGUUGUGGACAUCAGACAUGUGAAGAAUGUGCGAAAGACCUCGAAACUUGCCCGAUUUGUCGAAGUCCAAUACAGACCAAAAUAAAGCUCUACUUUUGAUUCUUUUAUUCUUCUUGAAAAAAAAAUAUACAUUUCCCAUGAUUCUUUUGUUGAUUUGUUAUUUUGUGAUAGGUUUGAGCAAGUCAAUAUGUGGUGCCUAUGACCAAAAGAUGAGAUGAAAAAAAAUCUUCCUUUUGGAUUUCUGAUAUUUCAUUUAUGAAUUAUGAUCAAUGCUUCUUCCCA